AUGGGGCCGCCAAGCGGGAAGGCCACCAUCCCCCUGUUCAUGUACAGCAUAGCAACCACGGCGAUCGUUUAUCAGAACUACAUUUUUAUUGCCUUCCUGUUUAAGGAGCAUAGAGCGUACGAAUGGCUGUGCACAGGAGAGAAGGACCAAAUGGGGGGGGACUUCUUUGUGUGCAAGGAGCAGGAAAACUACAUACAGUUUUUGCUAGUGUUAGGGUUAAUAAUUCAGUUCAUUUCUGGCUCUGUUGGAAGUAUACUAAUUAACGUUUUGUCUAAGAAAAAGUACGUGUCGCGCGUGGCCUUCGCCUUUUUAUUCACCGGGUGGACGUUGCUGAGUGUUGCUCUUUCCUAUUCGAAGCACUACAUGGAAGGGUACUCGCAGAUUGGCACUAGUGGGGAAAGCGGCGAAAGCGGCGAAAGUGGCGAUGACUUGGGGACCCUCCGCCGGGGCUUCCAAACCAUUUCGCUCCUCUUCAACCUGGCCUUUGCCUGCUUCGGCAUCGGGUCGGACAACUCGUACCUCCCCAUCAUAUACUACGUUAACGAGAAAUAUCCUGUGGAGCAGGGGGAAAGGACACGCAAAAGUGGAGACCCCGCAAAUGGAAGUGGCCAAGCGGAAGGAGUAAAUGGCCAAGCGGGAGGCGUAAAUGGCCAAGCGGGAGGCGUAAAUGGCCACACGGAGAGCACACAUCAUCGAAGCGAAAGCAAACUAGGUGCCUUAAAAAAUAUUUUGAAGAACAAAAAUUACAUCCUCAUCAGCACCAUGUCUUCCCUGGCCGUGCUAAGUCUCUUCGUGGGCAACGUGUUGUUGGCCGCGCUUAACGCCUUGGAAGGGAAAAACAACAUCACCGUGGUGGUGGCUUUGUACAUUUUGUUAUGUAUCGUCCCCUCGUUCUUUAUUGCGAAUUUGCUGGAUGAGAGAGAGGGAAGAACUGGCGACAACGUGGAGAUCACCCAGCAGGCAGCGCCCAACGUGGAGAUCACCCAGAAGGUAGCACCCAAUAUGAAGAUCACCCAGCAGACAGCGCCCAACGUGGAGAGCACCCAGCUGUGCGGAAAUAUCCACCUGGACGCCCUGAAGAACCAAGUGAAGUCUCCAUUUUAUCAAUUCAUCGUGAUCGAGUUCUUCACCGUAACGUUCAGCAUUUGCUACUUCAUGUUUUCCCUAUUCGACAUUUACGAGCACAGUGUAUUUGGAGACACGCUAAACAUAUACUCCCUCCUGUUGCCAUCAAGCUUUAUCAUCACCCUAACAUUUGGCAUAAUAGCUGACAUUAUAAGCAUAUACAAUUUUAUGAGCUUCAAUUUAAUUUUGGGGAUUUCAGUUUUUUCUUUAACUUGGAUUUACUACAAAACGGCGAGUGUAUUUGUUGGCUACCUAUCGUUAAUCAUUUAUUUUUUUCACCAAAGUUUUUUUGCAAACCAUAUGUACAUGUACAUGUCGACUGUAUUUCCGGAACACAAUUUUGCAGUCCUGAUUGGAAUUAUUAACGCAUUCGCGUCUGUUGCCUUUUUCCUUUCCUUUAAGUCUUUCGAAUACAUUAAGUAUCACGGAGGGCCUGUCCACUCCCAACUGCUUACCCAAGUGAUCAUUAUUUCCUACGUGUUGUUGUUUCUUUUUCACGUUUUUUACAUAAAGAGGAAGGCUACAAGUGGACAGUUCAUGAUGACGAAGGGGGGCACUUCCGAAGUGGCACAAACUAAUGUGUAA